CCGACCGCUGGGCCGGGGCCGGGCCGGCAUCCCCGCUCUCCCCGCUCCCCAUCACUUUCCUCGGGCCCCGCCGCAGUCCCCGCUCCCUGCCAUGAGCUGGGACGGCGCUGGCGAGGAAGUCCGGCUCCUCCUGGACCUAUGCCUUCAGUGUUUGACAAAGAAUCUUUCCAGAUACUCUGCAGAUAUUAAGUCAUUGCCACCCAAUAUAAAGGAUAAACUGAUCAAAUUAAUGAGUAGGCAAGGGCAAAUAACUGAUGAAAAUAUCAGUGAGGUGUUGCACCCUGCUGUGGAGUCUCUGGACCUCCGAGACUGUGAUAUUUCAGACAAUGCAUUAUUGCAGCUUUAUAACUGCAAGCAGCUGAAAAAAAUCAACUUAAAUUCUUGCAAGGAGAACAGAUUUGGAAUUACUUCAGAAGGAGUCAUAGCACUGGCCUUGUCCUGUCCCUACCUGCGAGAAGCCUCUUUCAAAAGGUGCUGUGAUAUAACUGACAGUGGAGUUCUGGCUCUGGCACUCAACUGCCAAUUCCUGCAAAUAGUCAACUUGGGCAGCUGCUCAGGCAUCAUGGAUGCAUCUCUGCAGGCACUGGGAGCAAACUGCAAAUUUCUUCACAGUGUGGACUUCUCAUCUACUCAGGUAACAGAUGAUGGCGUUGUAGCACUAGUGAGUGGAAGAUGUUCAAAGAAUUUAAAGGAGAUCCACAUGGAGCGCUGUGUGAAUCUGACGGACAUUGCCGUGGAAGCCGUCCUUACUUGUUGUCCCAAGAUACACAUUUUCCUGUUCCAUGGGUGCCCACUGAUAACAGAUCGGUCUCGAGAUGCUUUAGAGCAACUCAUCAUAUCAAACAAAAUCAAGCAAGUAACAUGGACUGUUUACUGAUUAUUUAUCCUGUACAUGUGAGUGUCAGGUUUACAGGUGGAGAGCUCCUUCAGUAAACAAGCACCUUGUAGAACUAGCUGGUGACUUUUGUUCCAGCAGGUUGCAUCCCUCCUGCUUCCCACUGGAGGUCUCCAUUGCCAUUGCAGUCCUUGCCCGUGAGCCUGGGCUUCCUCAUUGACUUUCCUUGGGGCCCUGUAUUUGCAUUGAUCAUACUUCAUUAAGAGGAAAGUUAAACUAUUAUUAAUAUUACAGGGCUGUUGCUCAGGCUUCCUGAAGUGCUGGAUUUGGCUGCUACUUAGCAUCCUUUAGCAAUUUAGCCACAAACUCAGUUUAGGUAAGUGUGUGUUCUGAGUUUGUAUUCUGGGAUGGUACUUAAAAUUACAAGUACCCAGUUCAAAUCUAACAUUGACACACAGCAGUGUCUAUGAAGUUGGGAGUUGAAUCUAAAAAAAAUCAGCAGCCAGAACUGGUGAAUGGAGGUGGCAUUAACAGUGAGACAAAUGUACUUGCAGUAGUAACAAAGAAUCUCCUUUUACCGUGUAUGUUUGCUAGGUCUGGAGUAAAAAACAUAGGUACCUUCUGAUGUUACUGAUGCUGCAGGUUUCUGUUCUUACUUACCAUCAAAUACUUGCUGGAUUUUUACACAUCCUCAAGUACAGCCUGUCAAUGUGUAAACAUAAACUCGCUUUGGAGUUGUUAUGGUGACUUUACAAAUUUCAGAGUAGUAGCUGUGACCAAGAACAGGAUUUUAUAUGUGGGCAAAUAUUUAAUUUGCCCUGGCUUUUGCCUGUUUCUACAUGAAAAUCCUUUUAGGGAACAAAACACUGGUACUUUGAAGCAUAUCUGUGAGUGAAAUAGGACCAAAUGGAGUGUCUACCAUAAAUCUCAG